ACAUAAAAAUUUCUUCUUUCAAACCCUUCUUACAUUUGCUAAUCUUUCUAAUCUUUCUUUCAAAAAAUGGCGGCAUCAAGGAAGAUCUUUUUUGGUUCAAAAUCAAACUAUAUCUACCCAUCCAAGAAAUUUGGUGAUGGGAGUUUCACCAACAACCCUUCAUCUGAUCAUCAUUUCGAGUUAGAUGAAGCAGAUGUAUGGAACAAUUCUAAUGAUCAAGCAACAAUCAACUUGGAUACUAAAAAGCCAUUGCCAAGUUCACGAGUUUCGUCGAAGAAAUAUUUCAGAAAGACGGAGGCGAUUGGUGAUAAUCAUAGGACGUCCCAUAUGGCGCUGGCUUCAGCUUCAUUGCCAGUCAACAUCCCGGACUGGUCCAAGAUUCUUAAAGCCGAAUACAGGGAACAUGGCAAGAGUGAUGAAGAUGUUGACGACGCCGACGACGACGAUGACGACGGAGAUCGUGAUGGAAGGGUUCCUCCACAUGAAUAUUUGGCAAUGAGAAGGGGGGCUUCGUUUUCUGUUCAUGAAGGAAUUGGAAGGACUUUGAAAGGAAGAGACUUGCGUCGUGUUAGGAAUGCUGUCUGGAAAAAAACAGGAUUUGAAGACUAACCCAAGGAACAGAACAUAAAAAAAAAGUUUAAUUCUGAUAAUACAUUUUUUUAGAGUUAAUUGGCAAAUUUUU